CUGCCGUCUCGUUUCGGAUUCCUCCAUCUUCACGAAUUUCCCAUCAGCCGAUCAUCCAUCUCACCCCAACCAACCCGUCACAUACAUCUGCAACCUCAGCCUCCACAAUCCUGGGCCGCACCCACCCACCAACAUUCGCACGACAACACCACGACGACACGGCGACGACGACAACUCGUCCAAUUCAGCCCAGCGAGACAGAUUCCUCACCACCACCAUCACCGCCACCAUAGCCAGCAUCUUCCGACGCCGAGACAUCCCGGUCGGCGACAACAACAACGCUCGACUCAGUGCUCCGAAGCCGUAGCUUGCAGCCCGGUGGUGAGAGUACAGCCAUUUCUAUCGGGCAAGCAACUCCCGCUAUGCAACGGAGCGAUCCGUCGGCCUCAGAGACCCCUCCAGCUUCAAAACCCGUCGGCAGCAGCACCCAUGGUUCCACCACCACAAUGUCCCAUCUACCACACGCUGCGGCAUCGCCCGGCCCGAAUGUCCCUCCUCAAUCCAGCGUGACUUACCAUCGCAACCCCCGACGCACGAGCCCCGAGAACUCCGUCACCCUCCGCCAUCACAGACUCGCCCAGGAGGCGUCGAGACUGCACCAGCAAGGCAGCCGGCGGCCACCAAUCCCACCCGUCAUCCCCGCCGUCAAGGUCUCCCAGCCCAAGUCCCCUCGCAGGGGGUCCUCUGGCGAGAGCAAUGCCACCGGCCUCAGUGAUCCUCGCAAGUGGUUCGACGGGGCCAACACGAACCGGUCGGGAGUAGUCGACACAUCUGCCAUGGACGUAGACCCGCCAUUCUUCCAGCGCGAGACCGACUCGUCAAACGAGGACCUAAGCAAUGGCCGCCUCGUCCCGUCGCAGAGCCCCGCUUACCGUUUUGUGCAGAACCGCCCGAACACGCUCCGUGCGGGCUUCACGCAGAGCAGCAGCGCCGACGACUACCGCAGUGUCAUUGACGACUUGACGAUUGAGAACAAGCGGUUGAGGGAGGAGCUCAAGCGGUACAAGCAGAUAGGCCCGGACGCUCUCCGGCGAGAAAAGCUUUUCGAGGUCAAGGUCCACGGACUGCCAAGCCAAAAGAGGCGAGAGCUCGAAGCCACGCUGCGCGACUUUACGCAAAGCCUCGACGGCUCCAGCAUCGGCACCCCGAAACGGAGCAAGAAGAGCUCCGGCAAAUCAAAGCAUGUAUCAUCCGGAGUUUCCAAGCACCCUUCUUCGUCGUCCGGGUCCAACACUCGACCGGUUGACUCGGCCUACGCGUCCAUGUCUGGUCCCAGCUCGACUGGCCUGUCCGGGGCGAAAAUGGACUCUGGGCCUGGCGCACUACGACGCUCCAACCAGAAGAUUGAGAACUACCUGCGUGAUAUCCCAGAGGGCCUUUGGCCACGGGCCAAUGUUUUGACAGAGAAGGAUAAGAAGAAGCUUGUUGUGCGGAGGCUGGAGCAACUCUUCACUGGACAGAUGGCGCGACCUGAGGAACAGGGCAAUCGCGUCAUGAUCCCCCCCAUAAACGAGGAUGUCGAAAUGACAAACUCUGUACCGUCUCUUGAAGAGCUGGAUCCGGGUCUGCAGCAGCAGCAGCGACAACAGCAACAACAACAACAACAGCAGCGGCAACCACAGGAGCCGAACGAGCCGUCUCGAGAAGCGCAGAUUCGGCCGCACAAGGCUCACACCAAGGACGGCAACUCGAGAGACGAGAGUUCUGCGACCCACUCUCGCUCACGCGAAGAUCUGACCGAGUCUCGAGACACCGGCAACGGCAGUGGCAGUGGUAGUGGCAGCGGAAGACAUAGUGGCGGCAACAGCAACUCUCCGCAGGAUGAAACAGCCAGCGAGCAGCGGCCGACCCGGCCUAGGGACCUGGACCCCGACCGGCGACAGGUUCCAUCAGAGAACAUGGAGUACAUCCGCCAUCUCGGCAUCAAGGCCCCCGAGUCCCAAACGAGGUAUUCUUCACAUGAUGUGUCGCCCGACGCCGACGGCUGGGUCUAUCUCAACCUGCUGUGCAAUCUUGCCCAGCUGCAUAUUUUCAACGUCGCACCCGACUUUGUGCGCAGCGCCGUGUCCGAGAAGAGCACCAAGUUCCAGCUGUCUCCAGACGGCCGCAAGAUCCGCUGGCGCGGUGGCGACGAAGGCACGCGCUUCACCAGCGAGGGAAGCGGGUCCGCAUCGCAGCGGACCCAAUCGAGCGAUGACACGGACGGCUCCAACAAUGAGGCGGCUCAGCACAAGGCCUCCAAGGCGGGCCCCUCCACCAAGGGUGACGUCACCCAGCUCAAGACCUCCAACUUUCGACCACAGACCACCGAUUCCGAUCCAUCGGACAGCUUUCACUACAAGCCCCUUUUUGUGCAUCACAACACGUCAUCCUCGGAAGAGCCCCAGUCCAACGGUGAUGAGUCGGGCUCAUCUGCUGAUCCCCAAGAGGACAGCAAUGCUGGCGGGUACUCGCGCUGGGGUCAGUCUGGCGGCGUCUCUGGUGCACAGUCCCAGCGCAAGCGACGUCGCGAUGGUGCCAUCAUUUACUACCAGGGAGCUCCUUUCUGCACAGACUUGUCGGGCGACUAUGGCGCAGUGUCCCCUGACACCUACGGGGCGACCACCUCGUCUGGUCUCCGGCGGGCGCGCGGUUCCACAACCAUGAGUGAUCGGCCGCUCAUCAGCCGGUCCCCUUCUGGCUCGUCACUGCCAUUCAGGCCCCUCAGCGAGGGUACCCCGGGCUAUGCUAGCAUGGCCAUGGACAGCGCCAGUGACGUCCCUGACCUGACCGGCGGCGAGACGGACAGUGACACGUCAUGCGAGGCAAACCUCGAGUGGUCACAGGAUGAUCAGCCCCAGCGCCUGCACAAGAUUGCCCUCGAGGCCAGCGGUCUCUCUGGUGUCUAUCCCGAGGAUCACUUCCUGCUGGCUGUCUCGACGCGGCGGAUGAAGGAUGUGGCCGAGACAGACGAUCUCCAGUCUGAAGACGACAGCGAAGGGGAGCACGACCGCAAGCGCGCAAGGCUACGCAAGCGGGACACGCCAGACUCCGUCACGCAACGGCUGGCCAGUAUGACGACCAGCUCGCCGAUUCCCGUCCUCACUGCCACCUUUGGGAUGGGCCGGAUCGAGAUUGAAUACAUCGGGACCAAGUACCACAAGUUGAGCCCGGUACCGCUCCCCCCACCCAGCUUCUACUUCCCGGCCGCCGAUGAUUCAGACGACGACAUGGACACCGAGACAACGAGCGAGCUCAUCAGCCGCCGCGUGACCGAGGCCGCCUACCCGGAGGAUGGCGAGCUCAGCGGCAACGACGAGGAGGACGAGGACUCGGUGGCCGAGGCCGACUACGACGCCAGCGGCAGCAUCUCGCCCGACGACGUCGAAAUGAUGCCUACAGUGACGGAGCUCGGUAUGCCGGAUCCCAGCCGAAUCCGCACAGGCCCGGCAUUAUCUGGGAGCUCGGUCGCUACGGCCGGUGGUGCCGUUAGCGGCGCCAGCUCCUUGGAAGAGCUUUGAAGGAAAUCUGGCAUUAUGCCCGUGCAUCAUGCAGGGUGUUUGUGCCUUUGCAGCAUUUUGCGGCCGAGGGUUUGAGCCCCACGGCAGCGACAUAAUUUGUUCCCCCUCUCGGGGCUUGUUCAGCGAUUUGGCCGCAGGCUCUUGUUUGAGCUGGAUGGAUGUGUGGAUAUUAUGAGCCUGGCGUCCAGCGGAUAUACCUCUGAUUUUUCGUUUGAUUCUUUGGGUGGAAAAAGCGUGAUUGAGCGAUCACCCAAAGAUCGGUUUCGCGACACUUUCAAAAUUGAAAUUGAAGACGGAAUUUUUAUUUUUCAA